AUGGUUUGCCUUCUCACCCAAGGUGAUGGUCAUGGGCAAGGGCGUUCCUCUGUCACCACCUUUCAUCAAGGAGCCACUUCUGGUUAUUUUCUGAAGGAGUACAAUUGUUCCAUAGAGCUCUCAUGGUCGCCAUUCCUGGUGAGGCAACAUAACACUCCUGAUACGGAAACUUUACAAAUUGACACCAUAGACAAGCCAACCUCAGUAUGGAAGACCGCAGAUAUACUUGUAUCCAGCACAGGCCAUUGGUGGACCGAUCCACUGCCUUCGGCAGGGAAGGAUUAUCACGAGCAAGGUGAGUUCGUCCAUCCCCACAUGGAAGAAAGCGUAGCUUUUGAAAAAGCACUGAAGACAUGGGCUAGAUGGGUGGAUACCAACAUUGAUCCUUUACAAACCCAACUUGUACUUUCUACUGCAGUAGGAAGAUGUGGGGGAAAAGGGAAGGGGGAGGAUGUUUCAAAGAGACAGAGCCCAUAG